CCUCAUGCCUCCGCCUCCUCCUCCUCCUGCUAUAUACACAGACUUAUCAAGGAGCAGGGGUGGAAUUCUUCCCAGAUCCUUGGCUAGCUGGCUGGGCGGAAGGAGCUCCUGGCUAAGGAUCUCUUCAUUCUACCGCGCUGUCUCCCCUUCCGGAGGUGAUGAGAAGGUGAGGAAGGAGGAGAAACCUCUUCAAACAGGAAGUUCUCCACUGGUAAAACCAAGAGAAAUGAAAAGAUCCAGAGAGAGAACUUCCCAGUGUAAGGAGGCAGGAGAAAGCUCUAGGGCUCAAUGUGGGCCAGGGAAGCACCAAAUAAAAGAUCAGCUGAAGAAAGCCAUUUCUUGUAAGGAAAGCAACAAAGACCUCUGUGAAACAAAAGUUCAAGAGAGGAGUCGUAGGACUGAAACACAAAAGUUAUGUGUAGAACAGGCAAGAAACUCUUCCCCUGAAACCCACAAGAGAAAUCAAUCAAGAGCGAAACCAUUUAAAUGCCAUGACUGUGGGAAAACCUUCCGUUAUAAUGGUCCCCUUAUUGUACACAUAAGAUCCCACAUGGGAGAGAAGCCAUGUGCAUGUUCAGUCUGCGGGAAAAGCUUCAGUUGCACGUCCAACCUGAAUGCGCAUCAGAAGAUCCACACUGGUGAGAAACCCUACCAGUGUUCAGAUUGUGGAAAAAGCUUCCCAUGGAACAAAGACCUUCAACAGCACAUGUGGACCCACACUGGAGAGAAACCAUAUGCAUGCCCAGUGUGUGGAAAAAAGUUCCGUUCCAGUGGACUUCUUAUUAGGCACAAGAAAAUCCAUUCUGGAGAGAAACUCUUUAAAUGCUUAUACUGUGGGAAAUGCUUUGGAGAGAGAGAUGCACUGAUUGCUCAUGAGAGAAUCCAUACAGGAGAAAAGCCCUAUAAAUGCUUAGAUUGUGGGAAAAGCUUCAAUUAUGUUUCAAACUUUACUAGGCACAAGAAAAUUCAUGGAGGAGAGAAACCGCAUAAAUGUUCAGACUGUGAGAAAAGUUUCAGAAACAGUUCAGACUUAAAGUUGCACAGAAGAAUCCACACAGGUGAGAAACCCUACGAGUGCCCAAACUGUGAGAAAAAAUUCAGGUGCAGCUCAAACUUAAUAAAGCAUAAGAGAGCACAUAAAGGAGAAAAGCCAUAUAAAUGCCCAGAGUGCGGCAAAUGCUUAAGUCAGAAAUGGUGCCUUAUCAGUCAUUUGAGGAUACAUAAAUAUACAUGUUCAGACUGUGGGAAAAGUUUCAGCCAAAGCUCAGCCCUUGAAUGCCAUGAGAGAAAACACACAGGUGAGAAACCACUUCACUGCACCUACUGUGAGAAAAGCUUUGAUCGGAGGUCAAACUUGGUUAUACAUGAGCGAAGUCACACAGGAGAGAAACCGUACAAAUGUUUAGACUGCGGAAAAGGCUUUGUGACAAAACAUGAAAUUUUUCGACAUGAGAGAAUCCAUACAGGAGAUAAGCCUUAUGCAUGUUCAGAGUGUGAGUUGAGUUUCUACGAAAAAUAAUACCUUAUUUUACAUAAAAGAGUCCAUACACGAGAGAAACCAUUCAAAUGCUCACAUUGUGGGAAGAGCUUCAGGUGGAGAGCACAUUUGGUUAGUCAUGAGAGAUUACAUUCAGGAGAGAAAUCUUACAGUUGUUCAGUAUGUGGGAGAAGCUUCAGCAAUCCUUACAGCCUUCGGCAACACCACAAGAUUCACACUGGAGAGGGUAAAUAUAAAUGCCAGAAAUGUGGGAAAAUCUUGAUUACAGCCAAAGGGUUUAAAUCUCAUCAAAGAGUCCACACAGGAGAAAAACCAUACCAGUGCCCAGACUGUGGGAAAUGUUUCCGACACCUCUCAGCCCUUCCAGUGCAUCAAAGAAUACACACGGGAGAGAAACCGUUCAAAUGCAUGGAGUGUGGGGAAAGCUUUGUUAGUGGUUCAAGCCUUACAAAACAUCACAGAAUCCACACAAGAGAGAAAUCAUUUUAAAUUGAAAAAUCAAUUUAAGCAAAUUAAAUUCUAUUUAUUAUUAUUA